AUGAAAUUCAGACGACCCCGUCUCCGUGUCGCCCAGCCCAGGUCGGCUUUCGCAGAGGGAAAUGCCCGCUGGACCAACCUCGAUCUCGACCCCGUUCCCCUUCAUCGUCGACAAUGGGGCCCAUUGAGUUUUGUCGCGUACUGGAUCUCCGACGCUUUCAACGCCGCAACAUGGCAGUUUGCCAGCAGCAUCAUCGCUGUCGGGCUGAGCUGGCGCGAGUCCCUUGCCAUCGUGGCCAUCUCCUUCUUCAUCAUCUCCUUCGUCAUCGCCGCCAAUGGUGCCGUCGGCGCCAUCUACCACAUCCCGUUUCCCGUCAUCGCCCGCGCGAGCUGGGGCUUCUGGGGCUCCUAUGUCGCCAUCAUCUCCCGCGUGAUCCUGGCUAUCUUCUGGUUUGCGAUACAGAAUGUCAAUGGGGGAAAUGCCGUGAGAUGCAUGAUCGGCGCCAUCUGGCCGAGUUUCUUGACGUUGAAGAAUGACAUCCCCGAGGACCAGGGCAUCACGACCGCCGGGAUGGUGGGAUACCUGAUCUUCUUUAUUGUGCAAUUUCCGUUCCUGUGCAUUCACCCGAAUAAAGUCCGGUGGCUGUUUGUCGCCAAAUCCGUCCUCGUGCCCAUUGCGUGGCUGGCGAUUCUCAUCUGGGCGUUCGUGGCCGAGGGCGGCGGAGCGAUGUUUGACCAGAAGCCCACCGUUUCCGGGUCCAAGUAUAGCUGGCUGUUCCUGGCGAAUAUGACUUCUGUACUGGGGAACUAUGCCACGCUCAGUGUGAAUCAG